AUGGCUGCAGGAAGGAACAACACAACUGUGACAAAAUUCAUCCUCCUGGGACUUUCAGACCAUCCUCAAAUGAAUAUUUUCCUUUUCAUGUUAUUUCUGGGACUCUACCUGCUGACGUUGACCUGGAACUUAAGCCUCAUUGCUCUCAUCAGGAUGGACUCUCACCUGCACACGCCCAUGUACUUCUUCCUCAGUAACUUCCUGGACAUCUGCUAUGUGUCCUCCACUGCCCCCAAGAUCCUCUCUGACAUCAUCACAGAGCAGAAAACCAUUUCGUUUGUUGGCUGUGCCACUCAGUACUUUGUCUUCUGUGGGAUGGGGUUGACUGAAUGCUUUCUCCUGGCAGCUAUGGCCUAUGAUCGGUAUACUGCAAUCUGCAACCCCUUGCUUUACACAGUCCUCAUAUCCCAUACCCUUUGUUUAAAGAUGGUGGUUUGCGCCUAUGUGGGUGGAUUCCUUAGCUCUUUCAUUGAAACAUACUCUGUCUAUCAGCAUGAUUUCUGUGGGCCCAAUAUGAUCGACCACUUUUUCUGUGACCUCCCUCCAGUCCUGGCUCUGUCCUGCUCUGAUACCUUCACCAGCGAGGUGGUGACCUUCGUAGUGGGUGUUCUCGUUGGAAUAGUGUCUGUGCUAGUGGUCCUCAUCUCUUAUGGCUACAUUGUUGCCUCUGUUCUGAAGCUCAGCUCAGCUACAGGUAGGAUCAAGGCCUUCAGCACUUGUGCCUCUCACCUGACUGCUGUGAUCCUCUUCUAUGGUUCCGGAUUCUUCAUGUACAUGCGACCCAGUUCCAGCUACUCCCUAAACAGGGACAAGGUGGUGUCCAUAUUCUAUGCCUUGGUGAUCCCUGUGGUGAAUCCCAUCAUCUACAGUUUUAGGAAUAAGGAGAUUAAAAAUGCCAUGAGGAAAGCCAUGGAAAGGGACCUCGGGAUUUCUCAUGGUGGACCAUUCAUUUUUAUGACCUUGGGCUAA